GACGUGUCUUUGAUUGUUGCGGCGAAAUCCGAAAACCAAAAAAAAAAACGUAUCCGAAGAAUAUUACCAAUAAACUCGUUUGAUCGCGAACCAAAUACAAAAAAAAAAAAAAACGAAAUAAGGGCCAAAAAGGAUACCUUUGGCACUCAAGUGCCACGUGCAGGGCAAGAAUGAAGUGCUCUUGAACCGAACACACACAAGCUGAAUUGCAACCGAUAAGCAAGAAGCAGAAGCGCUCAGCAAGAAGCGAAAGCAAAAAGCGCAAGCAAAAGCAAGCGAACGAAGUGAACAAAACGCGACAAGCGACUGACAAGCGCGAGAACGUGCAAAGCAGCCGCUCUUAGAUGGCGUCGCGGCAUAAACUUGCAACUGGACGCAUUAGUCGCAUUAGCCGCAUUAGCCGCGUCAUGAGCUAUACGAAUUACGCCCUGCUGAUGGCCACGACGCUGCUGGUGUUAAUCUCGGCACAUGUCAAAAGCGCCAAGCUGCAUGAGGAGCCGGCAAUGGAUGUGGGUGCAACCACGUCCAUGGAUAGCAUUGCAACUGACAAGCAUGCGCGUGACACCGACACCAAAGCAACAACUGCCACACAUCCUUAUCAGCACCAUCAGCAGCUGCAUCAUGGCCACAAGACGCACGUGCAUCACCUGGCUCCGCUGAAUAAUCGCCGGGCCUAUCACAGCAAGUACAGCAUCCAGCAGCUGCUGCAAAUGCGAGUGACUCCAAAGGUGUCCAAUGACAUCGACAUGGAUCCCUGCAAGUCAGGCGGCUUCAUGGGCGAUAUUGCGCUCCCCAAUGACGAUACAGGGCCGGUGGUGGCACACACUCCAACUGACGACGGGGCAACGAGUGAGGAACCGCUGCCGAAAAAGGAGGACGAGCUUAUGUUAGCGGAUGCAGUAUCAGUGCCGGCAAAAUACAAUGCGACUUUUCAACUGGACCUCGAGAAGCUCAAGCAGGAAGUGUACAACGAGGGUCUGCAGGUGGAGGAGGAGGGGCUAACGGACAUAAUACGCAAGAAGACCAAACUGCCCAGCGGGGGAGCCAUCAUGACUGGCCAGACGCUGACCAAAGCAAGUGGCAUUCACAAUAAUGAUGCCACCAUAAGCGCCAAUGAGCCGUUAAAGCCUAGCGCGCAGGCCUUAUCCGACAUCGCCCAUCCUCCCAACUACAAGAAUGAGGUACUGCCGGCUCUAGAAUCUACGGUUAUCGAGCAUCGUCGCAUUGAGGAGUUGAAUGUUGCACCUGCUAUGCUGCAGUACAACAAAUCACAAGCGCUGCUCCGCAAUGUAGAUGCUCGGAAAAUACAAUCGAACAAUAAGGAUAUUGAGGACGAUUCGGGCAACAAUUUUGUCGCAGAGCGACGCCAACACAUUGUGCCCACCUCGCUGCCCACGCAGAGAUCGACGAUGCCCAAUGUAUAUAGCAAUGCCGGUGGCAAUGGCAUGCAUCUGGACGAGGAUGUGGACUUCUUGCAUUCCCAAGGCGUGGUUCGAAGAAGACAUCGACGGGGCCCCAAACAUCGCAACAGUCAGUGGGAGGAGUAUGUCAGCAAAGUGCAGCGGUUGCGCGAAGAGCUCAAUCGCCCUCAAGGCCCGCAUCCGCACCAGGGACAACACAGGCAACAUCAUCAUAAGAAGCAUCGUCAGCAUCGUCGACGGGGUCGUGGGCGUAGCACUCCGUCGCCUUUAAAUGGGUACUCGACGCCAGCGCCAUUUGAUGAUGGCAAGCUUGCAACGGGUGUGGCAGAUACAGAUAACCUGAAGCAGCAGGAACAGCAUCAUCGAGUGGCACGUGCCGUGACCGCAAAAAAAGAGCGUAUUUGGGAUUACGGUGUCAUUCCCUAUGAGAUCGAUGGCAACUUCAGCGGCCUGCACAAAGCUCUCUUCAAGCAGGCCAUGCGCCACUGGGAGAACUCUACCUGCAUCAAGUUUGUGGAGCGCGACUCCGAAAUACACCCAAACUAUAUUGUAUUUACCAUACGCAGCUGCGGCUGCUGUUCGUUUGUUGGUAAGCGUGGCAAUGGUGCACAGGCCAUUUCAAUUGGACGCAACUGUGACAAGUUUGGCAUUGUGGUACAUGAGCUGGGGCACGUGGUUGGCUUCUGGCACGAGCACACGCGUCCUGAUCGGAAGAACCAUGUGGUAAUAGAGCGCAAUAACAUUAUGAAGGGUCAAGACUACAAUUUCAACAUGCUGUCCGACGAUGAGGUUGACUCACUGGGCAUGGCCUACGAUUACGAUUCGAUUAUGCAUUAUGCGCGCAACACGUUCUCCAAGGGCACCUAUCUGGACACCAUAUUGCCCAUAGAAGUGAAGGGUCGCAAAAGACCGGAGAUUGGUCAACGGUUGCGUCUCAGUCAGGGUGACAUUGCACAGGCCAAUCUGCUGUACAAGUGCCCCAAGUGCGGUCGCACCUUUCAGGAGAGCACGGGCAUCUUCUCCAGCCCCGUCUACUACACGGCGGGCGCGCUCAGUAAUGAUACGGAACACUGCGAGUGGCGUAUAACAGCAACGCACGGCGAACGGGUUGUAUUGCGAUUGGAGAAUAUGAAUAUCUUCAAAUCAAACAAUUGCGAGACUGAUUAUUUAGAGGUACGCGAUGGCUACUACUUCAAGUCACCACUCAUUGGUCGAUUCUGUGGCAAGGUGGCCAACGAUGUGAUCACCACCCAGUCCAGUCGCAUGCUCCUGACCUAUGUGAAUAACCAUCGUGCCGAUGGGUAUCGCGGCUUCAAGGCCGAAUUCGAUGUUGUUUGCGGCGGCGAUUUGUCCGUGGAUGAUGCGGAGGGACGCUUGGAGUCACCCAACUAUCCGCUGGACUAUUUGCCCAACAAGGAAUGCGUGUGGAAAAUUACAGUGCCAAAGGGUUUUCAAGUGGCGCUGAAAUUCCAGUCGUUUGAGGUCGAGAACCAUGAUAGCUGUGUCUAUGACUACGUCGAGGUGCGGGACGGGCCCGCACAGGAUGCGCCGCUAAUUGGCGUUUUCUGUGGCUACAAAGCGCCCCCAAACAUGAAGUCAAGUGGCAAUUCGAUGUACGUAAAAUUUGUGUCGGACACAUCGGUGCAGAAGGCGGGCUUCUCAGCCGUAUUUAUGAAGGAGGUGGACGAGUGCGAGACACAGAAUCAUGGCUGUGAGCACGAGUGCAUCAACACGCUCGGCGGCUACGAAUGUAGCUGCCACAUUGGCUACGAGCUGCACAGCGAUAAGAAGCAUUGCGAAGAUGCCUGCGGCGGCGUCAUCGAGUAUCCGAAUGGCACCAUUACCUCCCCAUCGUACCCCGAAUUCUAUCCGGUGUUGAAGGAGUGCAUUUGGGAGAUUGUUGCACCACCGAAGCAUAAAAUAUCAUUGAACUUCACGCAUUUCGAUCUGGAGGGGACGGCCCAUCAGCAAUCCGAUUGCGGUUAUGAUUCGGUGACUGUUUACUCCAAACUCAGCGAGAAUCGUCUGAAGCGCAUCGGCACAUUCUGUGGCAGCGCCAUUCCGCCCACAGCCACAUCGGACAGUAACGCGCUGCGCGUUGAGUUCCACUCGGACAAGUCAAUACAGCGUACGGGCUUUGCUGCCGUAUUCUUUACGGAUAUCGACGAGUGUGCUGUCAAUAAUGGAGGUUGCCAGCAUGAGUGCCGUAAUACAAUUGGAUCUUAUAUGUGCUUCUGUCACAAUGGCUACUCCUUGCAUGAGAAUGGACGUGACUGCAAGGAGGGUGAGUGCAAGAACGAGAUAACCGGCGCCUUCGGCACCAUCUACAGUCCCAACUAUCCGGACAGCUAUCCUCCAAAUGCGGACUGUGUUUGGCACUUCUCUACAACGCCAGGACAUCGCAUCAAACUCAUUUUCAAUGAGUUCAAUGUGGAGUCACAUCAGGAAUGCUCCUAUGAUAAUGUGGCCAUUUACGAUGGUGAAUCGGAGCUCAGCUCCUUGCUGGGACGUUUCUGUGGCGAAAAGAUACCUUACCCCAUAUCAUCCAGCACCAAUCAGCUCUAUAUGGUGCUGAAGACGGAUAAGAACAAGCAAAUGAAUGGAUUUAUGGCAGUGCAUUCGACUUCCUGCGGUGGCUAUCUGCGUGCCACAAAUCAUGUGCAGCAGUUCUAUUCGCAUCCGCGAUUUAGCAAUCAGGAUUACGACGACAACAUGGACUGCGAGUGGACGAUUCAAGCGCCGCCCAACAGCAAUGUGCAGCUGCUCUUCCUCACCUUCGACAUUGAGAGCAGCGAGAAUUGCACCUACGACUAUGUGCAGGUGUUCUCGGGUAUGGAGGACACCAGCGGGCCCAUGUAUGGCCAAUACUGCGGCAAUGUGCUGCCACAGGACAUCAUCUCGAUGACCGAUUCGCUGCUUGUGCGUUUUAAAACGGACGACUCGAUUCCGAUGAAGGGAUUCUCUGCAUCGUAUGUGGCCGUCGAUCCGUUUGAGAACAGUGAUGAGGAUGUGGAAAAUUCGUAUAGCUCGGAGAUGGUUACACCAUUUCCAGGCUCACUCAAAAGCAUCUACAAGCCGGAUUCCGAGGAGGUGGACGACUAUAGUGACUUUAGCGAGAAUCAGCUGGCCAAUGCUCAUUAUCGUCGUCACCAUAUCCAACCCAUCAGUUACUCAUCCUGGAUGAAUUAGACAGACAGACAAUGCACUGGCAAUGCACAAAAAUAAAACAUUAUGACAAUAUAUAUAUAUAUAUUACGAGUAAAAUGGAAUUUAUUUAAUUAUUUAGGCAUAUCGUCGCGUACAUAUAGCAACACAUUUUUGCUCUCUUUACAUAAUCAUAGAUUUCAUUUCGACCAUAUUCGAAUAUUAAGUAUACCUAGAUAUUCAGAACAAAUCGUUAGGUUAUAGUAGAAUGUCAAGCAUAUCGCUAUAAAAAAAAAAAAACAAAAAAAAAUAAAACAAAAUGAAGAAAAGUGUAAGAACUCUCUCAAGCCAUACAAAUGAUUUGAUCGGCUUAGGAUCCUAAAUAAUGUGUACUAUCAAUGAUUAAAUAUGUAUAUGAAAUUCAUGAACAAUUGCCAUAUAAUAUUUAUUGACGUUUCCUUAACGCCUACGGCCCCAGUACUACACCGAUCUAUAUGUGUAACUACGUAUGUAUGUAUGUAUACCUAUUCUAGUGUUUAAAAAUUUUAAACUUAAUGUGCAAUUUGUGUAAACAGUUUCUGCCAGGGACCAUAA